AUGAAAUACGCUCCUUUCUUCUUCUUCUUCUUCUCAUUCCUCCUCGCCGGCGUGAAACCAGACCUCGCCGGCGACCGUUUAGCCAUCCUUGCCAUUCGCUCCUCCGUUGGCGGUCGAUCCAUCCUCUGGAACAUCUCACAACCCUCGACACCAUGCACUUGGCCAGGAGUCGUUUGUGACAACACCACAAACCGUGUCGUCGAGCUUCAUUUCCCCGGAAUGGGUCUCUCCGGAGAACUUCCAUUAAAUACACUCGGAAACUUAACCCAACUCACCACUCUAAGUCUCCGGUAUAACGCUCUCUCCGGUCAGCUUCCAACUGAUAUCUUCUCUCUUGUUAACCUCCGAAACCUUUACUUACAAAACAACCUCUUCUCCGGUCCCAUACCUGAUUUAUUUUCGCCGCUCGGAAAUCUGGUUCGUGUUAGUUUCGCCAGUAAUAACUUCUCCGGCAACAUUCCCUCUUCGAUUGGGAAUUUGACCCGUUUAGCUACUUUGUAUCUAGAGAACAAUGCUUUAUCGGGUUCAAUUCCGGAUCUAAAUCGACCUUCAAUCGCUCUCUUCAAUGUUUCGAAUAAUCAAUUAACCGGUGGAAUUCCAUCGAAAUUUGUGGGUUUCCCUGAAUCUGCUUUCUCCGGGAACUCUCUCUGCGGCGGACCUCUUGUAUCUUGUAACGGGUCAGAAACCGGGUCUAGUUCAUCCGAUAAGCUCUCCGGCGGUGCCAUUGCCGGAAUUGUCAUCGGAUCGUUGCUGGGUGUGUUGUUAAUUUUACUGAUUUUAUUCUUUUUGUGUUGCAAGAAGAGGAAGCAAAAGGAUGAGAUAAAAACGAAGGAUCUGAGCGAAGUGAAGCAAGUAGAGAUUGAAAUACCCGCCGACAGUUCGAGCAGUGGUUUUCCGUCGUUGACGGCGGCGGUGGGCGGUGGCGGUGCAAAGGGGAAAUCCGGUGAAGUUAAUAAGAAGUUAGUGUUUAUGGGGAAAAACAAAAUAGGCAAGUUUGAUUUGGAGGAUUUGCUCCGGGCAUCGGCGGAGGUUUUGGGGAAAGGGACGUUUGGGACGGCGUACAAGGCGGUGUUGGAGGUGGGUUUCACGGUGGCCGUGAAAAGGUUAAAGGAUGUAACAAUGGCGGAGAAAGAAUUCAGAGAGAAAAUCGAAAGUGUUGGAAGAAUGGAUCAUGAGAAUUUGCUUCCAUUAAGAGCUUACUAUUUCAAUGGCGAAGAAAAGCUUCUUGUUUGUGAUUACAUUCCCACCGGAAGCCUCUCUGCUCUUUUACAUGGUAACAGAGGUGCCGGUAGAAUGCCAUUGAACUGGGAAAUGCGAUCCAUGAUUGCCCUUGGAGCUGCCCGUGGAAUCGCUUAUCUUCACUCGCAAGGGGCAAAAGUGUCCCACGGCAACAUAAAAUCGUCAAAUGUCCUAUUGACUCCGUCGUACGAAUCCCGUGUGUCAGACUUCGGCCUCGCCCAACUCGUGGGUCCCAACGCCACCCCGACCCGUGUGGACGGCUAUCGUGCACCGGAGGUGACGGACAUCCGCAAAGUUUCCCAGAAAGCGGAUGUUUACAGCUUUGGAGUCUUGCUAUUGGAGCUACUAACGGGUAAAGCUCCGACCCAUGCCCUCUUGAACGACGAAGGGGUCGACCUCCCACGGUGGGUCCAAUCGGUGGUCCGAGAAGAGUGGACUUCCGAGGUUUUUGACCUCGAGUUGCUCAGGGAUCAAAAUGUCGAAGAUGAUAUGGUUCAGUUAUUACAACUGGCGAUCAAUUGUUCGGCUCAGUACCCUGAUAAGAGGCCAUCGAUGGCGGAAGUGAGUAAUCAGAUCGAAGAGAUUUGUCAUUCAAGCGGAUCGCAACAAGACCGCACACCGCCCAGCGACACCGUCAGCGAUUCUUGAAGUUAUUUUUCGUUCUUUGUUCAUUAUACACGUCGAUUUGUGCAUUUUUUUUUCGGCUUGACGAUUCUAAGAUCAACAUUCGUGAAGUUAUUUUUUCGUUCUAAGAUCAACAUUCUUUCUCUUGUACGAGUAAAAUUGUAAUAGAAAUUGGUUAUCGGAAUAAAGAUAUUAAUGACACUC